CUCGAAAAUGCAGUCUUGGUCAUUUUCGCACGUUUCCCGACAUCAAUAGUGUGUAGACAGUGAUCGCGGAAAAUCAUUGUCGUUAUCAUGUUACCUACGUUUGCGGUAUGUUUUUUGGCAUCGACCGCGUUGGCGGCAUGCAGCGCGAGGACUAGGGUGCACUACAUACGGGCCGAAGACAAGUCGCGACACAACGAUCCGUACUAUUACCCUGAACGAGAACGGUUCCAGUCUCGAGCUUCGUCCAUUUUUGGACCUUCUAUUCAGACCUCAGCUGCUGGGUUUCCGUAUCGGUUCGUUUUUCCGGCCAAUCAUCCAGCCCUGAGUGGAUCCAUGUACUCGCAGUUUGUGCAAAACCCACACCAGCCCGAACCCGCAACUUACUCGGCCGAAGACCUGUUUGGGCCACAACCAGUAGCCAAGCAACAUCCGCUGUCCGAUCUCAAACAUCGCCAGCACCAGCAACAGCAACAGCAGCAACAACAACAACAACAACAACAACAACAGAACCAGCACCAGCAACAACAGCAGCAAAUCGGUUACGAGUCAAUGGCUAAGAUGCAAUACGAUUUCCUCGGGGGCGGCGGCGGCGGCGGUGGUAGUGGUAAAAUACAAGCCCAACAGCAACCCUCCGCAACUUACCAUCACCACCUGAUAAAACAGCCGAAACACUAUCAGAGCUACGAACUGGCGCCAAACACGCUGCAACAACCUCUGCAUCAGCCCUUGCACCAGUCACCUUUUCCAUCGACUCCCGCCCCCAUCGGCCAACCGAUUAUGCUGCUUAUACCCUCUUCCGGCCAACCCGGUGCCCCGUAUCAGACUCUGGUCCUUGUCCCGUCGACUGUGUCGCCAUCUCCACUUCCGCCCCAGGUGCCGCUGUUCUCGGGUUUCCACCAACAGGUCCAGCACCACCACGGACCGCCCAGCCAGCAUUUCGUCCAUCAACCCGGCGGCUUUAUCACCACGCACCCGCGCGGCCCUCCACUAGUAGCCGGCUUUCCGUCGGGCCUCGGCGGCGGAGGCUUCAGCGGCGGGCUAGGUUUGGCCGGCCAAAGCGUCCCCGGGCUUGGAAAGUUUCCGGGAGCGCAAUUGUUCCACCGAUCGCACGAAACGCUCCCGAAACACCCGAGCCAUCAACAACACCAGCACAAGGCGUCGUCGUCGAGACCGUCGCUGCAGCCGACGUCGUACCAAGGUUCCGGGUCGACACACGUGUCGCACACUACGGCCACUGGGUCGUCAGAGCAACAACCGCUAGAGGACAAGGUGGGACAAAGUACAGGGACGUCCGGUGAAAAGUCUGACGAGCGAAACGAUGACGACGGCGGCGGCAGCGUCAGCGGUGGCAGCACCGAAACCAAAAACGAAGAAAAUAAAUCACCAGAGUUCGGCGACAAGACUACUGUUAAACCCUUAAAACGGAUCGUGGUCACGUGAUUUAUUUACUUGAACAAUAAUAUUAAUAUUAGGUAUAUAAUAUGCGUACGGUGUGUUUUGUUGUUCAUUCUCCCGCGACAUUCCCAUAUACAAAGUGAUUCACCAAUCAUUUUCACCUCCUGUUUUUUUCCUUUAAUAAUGAAUUCAUUCAAAUAAAUUUUGAUUUUUUAGAAUUUUUAAGUAUAUUUAAGUUUGUAAUUUGUAUUUCUGUUUUAUGUUUGUUUAAGCCUGUUUUUAGGCACAAUUAAUCAUAACUUUCAGUGUUUACACAUUUUAAUAACUCAGAAACUAUUUAUUUAAAUUCUAA